AUGCGUUUGAAAGACACAAAGAUGGCGGUCUCGGCUGCAGUCUUCUCUCCACAGAGCAGUCCGCCAAAGACCACACAUCUCUCUCAUGUGCGGACCAGACUACAGAAUGACCCUCGCCUGGCUCCUCUCAAAGAAGCCGUCAUCAAUCUCCCACAGACAUUACAAGCCCUCACAACCAAACAUGCCGACCUUGCGUCGCUCGAGGACGCCACAACAGCCGUCAACAGUUUCCCACAAUGGAUUGAAAACGGCGACUCCUCGAUGCUGGAGCAGAAUAUGUCCGGCCUCGUCACACUCCCCCUGCUCACGACUAUCCACAUUGUGCAGUACCUGGACUAUCUGCAGAGAAUGAACCUACGCCAUGAGGACUUUUUGGAAGACGUUGAAGACGGCGGCAUUCAAGGUUAUUGCAUUGGCCUCUUGUCGGCCAUUGCGGUUGCAUGUUCAGCGAACGAGGAUGAGUUGAUCCAGCAUGCCGUUAGCGGUGUCCAGCUGGCACUGGGCAUCGGUGCGUUUGGGGAUCUCGGGGCGCCCACAGAGGGCGAUUCGAACACCAUGCAGAUUCGACUGAAGAAUCAGGGCGACGUUGAGUCAAUCUUGAAGGAAUUUCCAGGGGCUUACGUCUCGACCAUCACGGACGCCAAAACACUCAGCCUCAUCGUUCCUCCUGAGCAAAUGACACAGUUCAAGUCAUAUGCCGCUUCCGAAGGACUUCGUGCACGCCAGAUGCACAUUCGAUCCAACCUCCACAACAAGGAGAACAGCAAACUGGCCGAGGCUUGCACAGAGAUCCUGAGCGACAUCCCUUUCCCGACAUCGGAACGCCUCCAGGUGCCUGUUCGCUCGAAUCAAACAGGAGAGACGCUGCCUGACGAUGCCGACUCAAUGGUUGAAGAGGCUGUCACCACGAUUCUCGCCUCUCAGUGCAACUGGUCCCUCGUCAUCGGCCAUUUGGCCGAGGAUCUCAAAGAGACAGGCAAGAAAACGCACGGCAUUGCGCUAUUUGGCAUCGGUGACUCGGUGCCCAUCUCAGCGUUCACAAAGCUUGGCCUGGAGCUGUACAAGACGGAUGGGCUUGCGUUCACAGACACGCCGCCCACACCCUUUGUGCCUCCUAGCUCCGCGGACGCCUUUCCUCCAGAUGCUAUUGCCAUUGUCGGUGCAGCCUGUCGACUGCCUGGUGCCAGCUCUCUGGACGAGCUUUGGAACAUCAUCUCCCAGGGACAGUCGAGGCUCGAGAAGCUCCGCACCGACCGUGUGAAUCUCAAGGAGUCUUAUCGUGCAUCGCAGGACCAAGACUGGGUGAAAAAGCGGGAGUUCUUUGGCAACUUCAUUGACGACGUCGACGCGUUCGACCACUCUUUCUUUGGCAUCAGCCCUCGAGAGGCCAAGUACAUGGAUCCCCAGCAGAGGCUUCUGCUAGAGACGGCUUUCGAGGCUAUGGACUCGAGUGGCUACCUGCGGCACCACAAGCGCGAUCGUGGCGACGCAGUAGGGUGUUUCGUGGGUGCCAGUUACACCGAGUACCUCGAGAACACCAGUGCUUACUCCCCGUCCGCAUUCACUGCGACUAGCACGAUCCGAGCUUUCCUGUCUGGUAAGAUCAGCUAUCACUUUGGCUGGACGGGUCCCUCUGAGGUGAUCGACACGGCCUGCUCAGCGUCCAUUGUCGCAGUCCACCGCGCUGUUCGCGCCAUCAACGCUGGCGAGUGUCCCAUUGCCCUAGCUGGCGGUGUCAACAUCAUCACCGGUGUCAACAACUACUUUGACCUGGGAAAGGCCAGCUUCUUGAGUCAGACUGGGCAAUGCAAGCCGUUUGACGACUCGGCUGACGGCUACUGCCGUGCUGAUGGCGUCGGUCUUGUCGUUCUGAAGCCACUCAGCAAGGCCAUCUCCGACAACGACCACAUCAUGGGCGUCAUUCCCGCUGUGGCCACGAACCAAGGCGGCAUUGGCGCGCCAGGUAUCACCGUACCAGACGGCAUACUGCAAAAGUCUCUGUACCGUGGCAUCCUGGAAAGCUCAGGCAUCUCUCCAGAGCAGGUAACCUACGUCGAAGCCCACGGCACUGGCACGCAGGUCGGUGAUCCCAUCGAGAUUGGCAGCAUCCGCGAGGUCUAUGGCGGUGCACACCGUGACGCUCCUCUGUACUUGGGCUCAUUGAAGUCCAACAUUGGUCACAGCGAGACAGCUGCCGGUGUUGCCUCGCUUAUCAAAGUCCUCGCCAUGUUGCGGAACCGAGGUAUUCCACCUCUGCAGGGUUUCAAGCGCCUCAACCACAAGAUCCCGCCUCUGGAGGUUGACAAGAUGCACAUCCCCACCAAACUCCUGCCGUGGGAUGCCGACACUCGCAUCGCGUGUAUCAACAGUUAUGGCGCGUCAGGGAGCAACUCGGCACUUCUGUGCUCCGAGUGGCAUGAAGAGACGCCCACGAUGGUGACAGAGCCCGUCACUGCUCCGCCGCAAGAGUAUCCCAUUCUCCUCAGUGCGGCAUCCGCUUCGAGUCUGCAGCGCUUUGCCAACGAGUUGGCUACCUACAUCUCCAAGUCGAAUGCUGACGUGACGCUCGGAAACCUGUCGUAUACCCUCAGCCAGCGUCGCAAGCAUCAUCGCAUUCGGUGGUCUGCCACUGUCACGGAUCUGAGUAGCCUGAUCGAGAAGCUUCAGUCUUGCGCCCCUGAGGACUUUUCCACUGCGCCCCCAACCACGAAGAGCAUUGUGCUCACAUUUUCAGGCCAGAGCAGGACCACGAUUGGUGUCAGUCCCUCGGCCAGACAGGGCAACCCUCGCUUUGAAUACUACAUUCAGAAGUGCAACACCAUCCUCCAAAGCUAUGGAUGCCCAGACAUCCUACCGUAUCUCAGUCAGACAGAGACCAUUGAGGACGCUACCAUCCUACAGUGCGGUACCGUAACGGUGCAGUAUGCUUGCGCCCAGUGCUGGAUUGAUGGUGGGCUCUACGUUGCCGGCAUUGUCGGUCACAGUCUUGGCGAGUUGACCGCCUUGGCCGUCUCCGGUGUUCUAUCCCUCGAAGACAUGCUCAAGGCCGUGUACACCCGUGCUGAGCUGCUCAAGGCCCGAUGGGGACCAGAGCGCGGCACCAUGUUGGCGAUUCAUGCCAAAGUCGACACUGUUCGCACCAUCAUGGAUGUGGUUGAGUCGAUCAUCGAUCACCAGGAUGAGGCUUUGGAAAUUGCCUGCUACAACAGUGUCACUAGCCACAUUGUUGUCGGCAAGGAGAAGUCCGUCGCCAUGGCCGAGCGUAUCAUCCAGGAGGAUGCACGUUUCCAUGGUCUGCGCUACCAGCGUCUACAGACCAGCCAUGGCUUCCACUCUCGCUUCACCGAGCCUCUUCUCUCCGGCCUUAUUGCUGUUGAGCGGACCAUUGAGUUCAAAAAGCCAGCUAUCCCUCUGGAGACGAGCACUCAGCAGCAGGUGUCGUUUGUCAACAAGUCCAAGGAUCGCUACUUGGCCAACCACGCGCGCGAUCCUGUGUACUUUGUUGACGCAGCUCGCCGCAUCGAGUCCCGACUAGGCGAGUGCGUCUGGCUUGAGGCCGGCUGGAGCACUCCCAUCAUUUCCAUGGUGAAGCGUGCUGUCGCAAAACCAGCUGUACAUACGUUCCAGCCCGUCACGUCGCCUGCCGCCGUUGCUGUCGAGCUUUGGCGUGAGGGCAUCGCGACAACGUACUGGAGCUUUUUCACGCCCAAAGAGAGCGGCCUGAAACACAUCUACCUUCCACCCUACAGCUUUGAUCGCCCCAAGUACUGGCUCGACCACGUCGACCGCGCCAUGGAGGAGCGUCGUGCUGCUGAAGCUGCUAAGGGGGAGACCACACAAGCGCCAGCCAAGGUGCAACCCAUGAUCGUGUUUAAGCGCAGCGAGGGUAUCGGGCACCACUUCAAGCUGCACACGGAGACAGAGCGGUACACGCGCAUUGUGCAGGGCCAUGCGGUUAGGGCCAAGCCUCUCUGUCCUGCGUCGGUAUACAUGGAGUCCGCCAUUAUGGGCAUCAACCUUCUCGGUGCUGCGCCCAUUGGCAAGACCAUCACCUUUGAGAAUGUUGGUUUCCAUCGUCCUUUGGGUUGCGACGACAACCUAGACGUCGAGCUCGUCCUUCAGAAGGGCGCUGAGGAUGACUGGCACUACGCCGUUUCAUCCGGGCCCAGGGCCUUGCAUUCGGACGGCAAUUUCAGUGCCACCACGUCUGAAGUGUCUGAUCUGCAGCUCUACGAGAUGCUCCUGGCUGACAAGAUGGAGACCCUCCGCAACGACACUGACGCUGAGAAACUUCGAACCAGUACUGCCUACAAGCUCUUUUCGAGGGUUGUCGAGUACUCUGCCCUCCUCAGGGGUAUCACCAGUAUCACUCUCGGCUCGCGUCAGGCCAUCGCCCAAGUCAAGGUGCCCAAAUCAACCUGGGCAGCAGAGGGCGAGUCAUCUGUCACCGACUUCUACGACGCCGUGGCACUGGACACGUUCAUCCAAGUCCUUGGGCUGCUGAUCAACUCUGAUACCGGCUCGUCCGCUGAUGAUGAGAUCUACGUUGCCAGCAGUAUCGGCAAGAUGGUUGUCUCGCCCACCGAUUUCACCAAGCCCCAGACUUGGACCGUGUACGCCACAUACUCCACGUCAGACAGUAAGACAUCCAGUGGUGCUGUCUUUGUCUUCAACGAGGAAGGGAAAUUGUCCAGCUUCGCGACAAAGGUGCAAUUCAUGCGCAUAAAGGCUGCCAAGCUUGAACGAGUGCUAGAGAGCGCCAACCCUAACAUUACUUCCACUCUGUCAAGCCUGGAGGCUUCGGUCCCGUCCAUGCCUGUACCUGUCCAGCGGCCUACCUCGGCACCCACCUCGGCGCCCAGGUCAGUCACUCUUGCAGCUCCGGCGCCCGAUACUGGCAAGAUCAAGGCGAAGAUUGCAGACCUCAGGGCUCUGAUCUCCGUCUACACUGGUGUUCCGGUGGAGGAGAUGCGUGACGACCAGAGCUUUGGAAACAUGGGUCUCGACUCGCUGGCCUCGAUGGAGUUGGCGGACGAGAUGGAGUCCAAGCUCAAUCUCAAGGUGCAGGCCGAAGAUCUUUUGCUCGGCACAGUGGGCAGUCUUAUUAGCAUGCUGCCUGGUGCAUCAGGAGAGCUGAUGUCAAGCAACAGUAUAGGUAUGGUCUCUGAUGAUACCAGCUCGGAGUCGUCGGGAUCCUUCCGUGGCACAACCGGGCUGCCUACCAGUAUUCCUGCCACCCCCACUGGAUUCUCUGAUAACGAGGAUGAGGAGUUGGGUAUGCCAUGGAAGCGUCCCGAGGGUCCACUGAACAGCAGAUUCAAGAUGGAGACUGUCGUUUACAAGGACGAGGAGGGCGUUCAAGUCCCCGCAGACAUCUACGUGCCGUCAGAAGCAGCACCCAACCCGAUGCCUGUAGGUCUGUCUGCCUGA